GCAGAAGAACUCAUGACAAUAGCAUAUGAGAAUGGAAUCAACUUGUUUGACACAGCUGAAGUCUAUAACUCUGGAAAAGCUGAAGCUGUCUUGGGAAGUAUCCUAAAAAAGAAAGGAUGGAGACGCUCCAGUUUAGUUAUCACCACCAAAAUCUUCUGGGGUGGAAAAGCAGAAAUGGAGAGAGGAUUAUCUAGAAAACAUAUACUUGAAGGUCUGAAAGCAUCACUUGACAGGCUUCAGCUGGAGUAUGUAGACAUCGUUUUUGCGAAUCGGCCAGAUCCCAAUACACCUAUUGAAGAGACAGUAAGAGCAAUGACCUAUGUGAUCAACCAAGGCAUGUCCAUGUACUGGGGUACCUCACGAUGGACCUCAAUGGAGAUCAUGGAGGCAUACUCUGUGGCACGACAGUUCAACAUGAUCCCUCCAAUUUGUGAACAGGCAGAGUACCACAUGUUCCAAAGAGAAAAGGUUGAAGUGCACCUUCCCGAACUCUUCCACAAGAUAGGCAUUGGAGCUAUGACAUGGUCUCCACUGGCCUCUGGGAUCAUCUCAGGGAAAUAUAACAGUGGAAUCCCUCCUUAUUCACGUGCUUCACUUAAGGGUUAUCAAUGGCUAAAAGACAAGAUCCUAAACGAGGAGGGGCACCGCCAGCAGGUGAAGCUAAAGGAGUUGCAGGCAGUUGCUGAAAAACUAGACUGCACUCUUCCCCAACUGGCUAUUGCCUGGUGCCUUAGAAAUGAAGGGGUAAAUUCUGUCCUGUUGGGAGCUUCCAGAACUGACCAACUGAUGGAGAAUAUCAGAGCAAUACAGGUUCUUCCAAAGAUGACCCUUUCCAUUGUGUCUGAGAUGGAUUGCAUCUUGGGAAACAAGCUGUAUAAUAAAAAGGAACCGAGAUCCUAG